GGGGUGGGUGCCCUUCCUGCACCCGCCUCCUCGCCCUGCUGCCCCUCACCACCUGGCCCUCUGGGUGCCUACGCCAAGGGCCCCAUGGGACAACCCCAUCCUGGACCCUCCUUGAGUACUCGUGGCUCCUUCUCCACAAACCAUGCCGACCUCCUGGCCCUCGUGGACCUGCGGACUGCCCUGUCCCCUACCACAGAGUGAGGCAGAGGCUCACAGGCAGCUCCUCCUGUCCCGCCCUUCCCACAGGUCCUAUGCAGCCAUGGCCCUGGCCCAGGACAUGUUUGCCACAGCCAUGGUGCUCUCGCAGGACCAGGGCUAUUGCACGUCCCUGGAUGCCGCCAACAGUGGCCAUGGGAGCUGGACCUCAUGCUCCAGUGACUCGCACAACAACAUCCAGACCAUCCAGCACCUGAGGAGCUGGGAGACACCACUGUUCGGGCCUGUGCCCUGUGAUUACCCCGGGGAUCCCACAGGGCUGUGGGCCGAUGGUGGCCACCUGGACCACUCGAUUUUUGUGGAGCGCGGCCAGAAGGGCAGCAGGCAGAACCCAAGCAAAGCAAGCCUGGAGCAGGCACAGUCCCGGGCCAGCUGGGCCUCUCCCACUGGCUACUGGCGCGAAGAUGCGGAAUGGGACACAGGCACCAUCAAAUGGACGGGCAGCAAGGACAUGUCCCUGGAGGUCGAGAAUGGCAGCUGCCUGUCGCCCACUCCCAACGAUGAGCCCAAGGCUGGCCCUGUGCCAGCCCACGGGGCUGCCACCUCGAGUGCUUCCAAAGGGCUGGUCGUGUGGAAGGAGGGCCUGUACCCAGAGCCACCGCCAACCCCGCCUGGCUACUUGGGCAUCCUGAUCACAGACUUCGAGGUGCCUCCGAAUCCAGCACUCCGGCCCCCAGAGUACACUGUGGCGCUGCAGAGCUCAUGCAUGGUGGUGCGGCCCGCGGAGGUCUCAUCCUUGGCACCGGGCGGCAGACCACAGUGGCACAAGCCCAGUGAGGCUGAUCCCCGUCUGGCCCCCUGCCAGGAUCAGGGCUUCUGCAAGGAGGAAGAUGAGGAUGAGCAGGUGUCUGCCCUGUGAGGCCCAGGCCCGGGCAUCGAGCCACGCAGAGGAGCGCACAGAGGACAGCAUCCUACUUGGGCCUCAGAGCAGAGCUUGCCCUGCUACUGAGGACCUUCACUGCCUGCAGUGGGCUGUUGGCUGCUCCUCCUACCCCUUUGCAUGUGAAUACUGUGAAGACCACCUCACCAGCACUUUCCAGACUUUGUUGCUUGAAAUGCACAGAGCAGCUAUCUCCCAGUGUAGUGGGCCUUGCCCACAUAGCAUCAUUCCAGAUCCCGCAUGCUGGGGCCCACCGGAGCCGCUCCCUGGGCGAGCUCUCUGUGCCUGGAAGGAAGGCUUUGAAAGGCCUCCCUGUUGGAUCCUAGCUCAGCCCCAGAGCUCGGUGUCAUCAGGAUGAUAAGCAGAGCCUGCCACGGAGACCUGGGACCUCCAGCCCCCAGGAGAGGGACUGGAGACCCUUAGAGCGCAGUGCUUGUCCUCUUGUUUACAGUGUUCCUUUUGAAAAUGAGUUCCAAGAGUCAAGGUUAUAGCCCUUUGAUGAUUGCAGUAUUAUUUCUGAACCUCAUGUAGGUUGCCACCUGGGCUUCUAAAAACCCAAAUGUUCUGUCGGGGCGCAGCCAGGUGAGGAUGGAAGGCCUGGCCCUUCCAGUCCAGCCUCUGCCCCCUGCCUCCUCCACGGCGGCAGGCCAUCCUCUGGCCAGGCCUUGGACCUGGAGUGUGUCCUGCUUCCACUGAGACAAGGUGGCAGCCCCUUAAGUUAUAUUUCUUUGAUUUUAGUUACUUUAGAGCUUCCGAUUUUUUUGUUUUGUUGUCUUUUUGAAGAAUAGCUUGUAACUGGAUAGCAUUCGCAGUGAGUGCAGCACUGGCCCUGGGACUGAUGCCAGCUGAGCUUCCUGUCCCCAGGGGCCUCUCCACCACCCCCCCCACCCCAGUGUCUGGGCCUCAGAGAUGCUGCCUUGGCCAGGAGGGUGAGCGCCUGGUGGGGGCGCCUCCUGGAGGCAACUGCCUGCUCACAGUUGCUGCAGGACCAAGGACUCCAGAGGACUCCCCUCUCCAUUUGGGGUCGUUUUUGCAGAGAUUCCGGAAAGUGAAGGUGCCAGUCUGAGGAGUACUCAGAUGUUUGGAGCUGCUGGUCUUGGGUUUCCAUUGAAUUCAGCUGAUCAUGCUGAUCAGUAGAUAAAUGUAAAUAGCAUCAAAUUUUAAAAGUCCAAUUGCAGUGUUUUUUCACUGUAUCAGACAAUGUCAGUGCUUUAUUUGAUAAUUCUCUGUCUCAUGGCAUUUGUCUACUUCCUUAUAUAUUACAUUGUCAAUUAUACAUUUCUAACUUUACAUGGAAUAUGCAUUAUUUGCCAGUUUUAUUAUAUAGGCUAUGGACCUCAUGUGCAUAUUAGAAAGGAAUCUAGCUCUACCGCAAGUUGCACAAAUGUUCCCUAAACAUUAAGUAAUUGUAGAACAUAGGACUGCUAAUCUCAGUUCACUCAGUGAUGUCAAGUGCAGAAUGUACAAUUAAUUGGUGAUUUUCUCAUACAUUUGAUACUACAUGUACCUGUAUGUCUUUUAGAAAGACAUUGGUGGAGUCUGUAUUCCGUUUGUAUUUUUAAUACAAUAAUUGUACAUAUUGGUUAUAUUUUUGUUGAAGAUGGUAGAAAUGUACUAUGUUUAUGCUUCUACAUCCAGUUUGUACAAGCUGGAAAAUAAAUAAAUAUAACAUGAAGCCUUGCCAAUA